GCUCCUGGUGAGUUUCUGUGAGAUGGAGAACUGGAUUAAUGCAGACAAACUCCUCCCAUGGGUGUCAGGGAUAUAUGUAUCCUACUUUGAUCACAUCUCACACUUACAUCCUUAUCAGCCAAGCUACAACAUCCUUCUUAUUCUUCAGCUCAGCAAGGAAGAAGAAAGCAAUGGCCUCCUUAGGUCUGCAAGUCCUGGGCAUUGCCCUUUCCAUCGUAGGCUGGCUGGGCUCCCUGGUCUGUUGUGCUCUCCCCAUGUGGAGAGUGACUGCCUUUAUCGGUAACAACAUUGUGGUGGCCCAAAUCAUGUGGGAAGGACUAUGGAUGAACUGCGUGGUGCAAAGCACUGGACAGAUGCAAUGCAAGAUCUACGACUCCAUGCUUGCCCUGCCCCAGGAUCUUCAGGCAGCCAGAGCCCUCAUUGUCAUAGCCAUCGUUGUUGGUCUCCUGGGAGUUAUGUUGUCCAUUAUUGGAGGCAAGUGCACCAAUUGCGUAGAAGAUGAGUCCGCAAAAGCCAAGGUCAUGAUUGUCUGUGGAAUUAUUAUGAUCGUGGCUGGAAUCCUUACCCUGAUCCCUGUCUCCUGGUCUGCAAACAACAUCAUCAGGGACUUCUACAACCCACUGGUGAUGGAAGCACAGAAGAGAGAGCUGGGGGCAUCACUGUACAUCGGAUGGGCUGCAGCUGCCCUGUUCAUCCUAGGUGGUGGAAUGCUGUGCUGCAACUGCCCACCAAGGGAUCAGAAACCCUACUCUGCCAAAUAUUCAGCAGCAAGAUCUGGGCCAGCCAGCAACUAUGUGUAAUGAGUUAUUAAGAACUAACGGACAUUGAACAUUAAUCCGUCAUUUUUUUUGUCUUUUCCUGAUAUUUGGACACAGACUGUAGCGUGGGUCUCCCCACAGAGUUCUGCCAUGAUUUUGGUCGUUUCUUUGCUCUGAGACAAGCUACAACUGCACAAGCCCUUCAGAAAAACUCUGUUUUUUCCCCUGUCCAGCAGAGGGUGCUGCCAUUUGUUAGUCAGAUAAUGAAUGAAGAGAAUAGUAAACUCUAACUUGGGUGGAAGUUGUGCAACUGGGGUUUUAGGCGACCUGCUAAAAUAUUGGGCUACAUAGGUGCAUACAGGCACUGUGCCAUACUUAGUCUGGGGUCAGCAACAUUGAAAAAGAUCAAAGCCACAAAGCCCAAGAACUGUGCAAAAGCUGUGCAUGUUGUGAAAAAAGGGAACUCAGGGAGCAGAAAAUGUUCAGGUGAAAUAUUGAGUCAAGGGAGGGUGGGAAUAAUGGGACAUACUUGAGAUUCAUGUAAUAGUGAUUUAUAAUGAGAUCCAAUGGAGGUUGCAAUAUUUCAGUAUUUCAUGUCGCAAAACCUCCUGUGCUCUUGGCUGAACUGCAACUCCCAUCUAAACCUGAGAGGUGUUGUAGUACAGACAGACACUUUUGGGUUCUUGCUAUAAGUGCUUUUCUUCCAAAUUGAAAUGUGAGCUGUACAUUAGAAACUUGGCCUUUUAGGAUGCUUUUAAUGCUGUAUGUAUAUUUAAGAAAAUGCAUACCAUAGCGGGUCUGUACAUCAAAGUAUAAAAUGUCUCUUGAUUCCUUCGCCCUCUCCUUACCGAUAAAGAGUGAUCACAACUUACUGUGCAUGCACAAUUUCUCUAUCUGUGCUUUUUUCACAAUAUCGACACGUGUCAGUGAAGAAAUAUAAAUGUAUAUUGCUGUUUUUUUUAACCUAUUAUUUUUAUAUGUUUUAAUAAAUGUUUAUGCUGUUUAGAUUCUAAAAACAGUUUCUAAAAUAAACAAAAAAAAAAUCACUUUUA